AUUUGUAAUGAUGGAUCGGUCGUUUGGAGUAAGGAAAGGAGCUUGGAGUGAAGAAGAAGAUAUUCUUCUACGACGAUGCAUUGAAAAGUAUGGCGAAGGAAACUGGCGCCAAGUUCCUCUUAGAGCAGGGCUGAGAAGAUGCCGAAAAAGCUGCAGGUUGAGAUGGUUAAACUAUCUCCGCCCCAAUCUCAAAAGAGGAGAGUUCACCCAGGAUGAAGUUGACCUCCUUCUCCGGCUUCACAAGCUCUUAGGCAACAGAUGGGCAUUAAUUGCUGGUAGGCUUCCGGGAAGAACUGCCAACGAUAUCAAGAAUUACUGGAACACUCGCUUCAACAGAAAGACAGCUGGUAUUACUGCUUCGGAAAGGGAAGAGAUGGAAGUCAAAAGUGCUAUAAGCAAGAAAAACGAAAUCAUAAAGCCUCGGCCAUGGACCUUCCCCAAGAGUUCCCGCUGGCUAUUGGGAAGCUUAUCUUCUUCUUCUUCUUCUACCUCUCUUGACUCAUCUGCUACUAAUGCUGGUACCACAAGUGAUUCAAGAGAAAUUAUGGAUAUGACAUUUCCUAUUCUCCCUAGUGCUCAAGGGUCUACUAGGGUAGAACAGGAAAGAGACUCUUUAGAUAAAGAAGUGGAGAAAGGCGAGUCAGGCUAUAAUAUUAGUGGAUUUGCAGAAGAUAUAAUUAGAAGUCUAUGGGUUGAAGAUGAUCUGCAGCAAAUGAUAGAGGUUGGGAUCGACACUUCUUUGGAAGAAGGCAUCAUUGGUUGGGAUGACGACUUCUGUUUGGAUUUCAACUUUUGGGAUACGCUGGUAGUUGAAGGGGAACAACUUGUUUCAUGAUGCAAAUUGUGUCUCUAUGCA